CCGGCCUGGCAACAGCGCGAGUCGGCGACGGUGGGGUUUUGAGGUUGAAGUUCAAGGGGUUUUUUCCAUUAAAUUUCCAAGAUGCCUGUAAGUCCGGCUAAAGAUUUCCUCGCUGGAGGCUUCGGUGGAAUGUGUCUCGUUACAGCCGGACAUCCUUUAGAUACAAUUAAGGUCCGCCUACAAACUCAGCCAAUUCCGAAGCCUGGUGAACAGUUGCAGUACAAAGGAACAUGGGAUUGUGCUUUGAAAACUGUACGUCAUGAAGGCUUUUUUGGCCUCUACAAAGGAAUGGCUGCUCCAUUGAUUGGAGUUACACCCAUGUUUGCAGUAUGUUUCCUUGGAUUUGGAAUUGGAAAGAAACUUCAGCAAACUACUCCUGAUGAGAAACUUACUGCUGUUCAGUUAUUUAAUGCUGGCAUGUUGUCAGGUGUAUUUACUACUGCUAUCAUGACCCCAGGAGAAAGAAUAAAAUGCCUUUUGCAGGUUCAAGCAGCUGGCACUGGUCCCAAAUUAUAUAAAGGACCUCUUGAUGUUGUGAAGGUCUUGUACAAGGAAGGUGGCAUUCGCAGUAUCUACAAGGGUACUUGUGCCACACUACUGAGAGAUGUACCAGCCUCAGGAAUGUACUUCAUGACUUAUGAAUGGCUCAAGAAUAUGCUCUCUCCACCUGGAAAGGAAGGUGAACUUAGCCCUGUACGCACUCUCGUCGCUGGUGGUAUGGCAGGCAUGUUCAACUGGUUGGUAGCCAUUGGUCCUGAUGUCCUCAAGAGCAGGCUGCAAACUGCUCCUGAAGGGAAGUAUCCAAAUGGCCUCCGAAGUGUGUUCGUUGACAUCAUAAGGACUGAAGGUCCUCGUGCCCUUUUCAAAGGAGUUGCCCCAGUGAUGAUCAGGGCUUUCCCAGCAAAUGCUGCUUGUUUCUUAGGUUACGAGGUUGCCAUUAAAUUCCUCAAUUAUAUGGCACCAAAUUUGUAAAGGUUGAUGACUGAUAGAACAUUUACUGUAGUCAUAUACAUUUUGAACUUGAAUUGUAAAUAAUAAUUUUUCAGACAGCAUGAGGUCAGCUCACCCAACUUUAGCCAUGCACAAUACCUCUGCCCUUAUAAGUAAUACUUUUGCCUGUUGAAUUUAAUAUAAACAAAUUUUAACUUUUCAAAGAAAUUAAGAAAUAUGAUAAUGUAUAUAAUGCAGAAAAUAGCAUUUUUUAUAAUACAAAAUGUGUUGUUAAGCAAGAGGAUAAUAUAGAAAAUUGCGAUUUUUUUUUUUUAAUAACUGACAGGAAUCUUAAAACAGUGUAAGAAAAUAUUGCUCAGGAAAAAAAUUAUGGCAUUUUUGUGUUGUAGUGCAGACAGUGGCACUGUUUCAUAUUUUAGAAUAAUAUAUACAGUAAUAAAUCACUUUAAUGUAUGAAUAAUGCACAUGUAGUUAGUAAUACCUAUGUAAUCAAUUUAUAAGUUAAAAUCAUAUUGCACCUUGGAGAUUGAAUGUUAUGAAUUUUGAGCUGUGUGCUGUUGUGAGAAACUGCAUAACACCGUCCCUCCCAUGUUUGCCUUGUAGGUAAAUGUAGGGUUUUAUUUCUUUUCUUGAAACUAUAAACCAUUUCUUGAUUUUAGACAAAAUAACAUAAAUAAGAUCUCUUACUGCCAUUUAUAGUCAAAAGAUAUUUGCUGAAACAUCCUUCAAAUCUAUUGUAAUAUAUAUUCUUGUAAGAAUUGUAUUAUAACAUGUAAUAUGAUAUUUAAAAAGGUCAAGAAAGGUUCUUUUAUAGUUUGACUUAUGUAGUUUAAUAAUACUGCUGUUUAAAGCAGGUGUGAACAAUGCAAUUAAGUUAACAAAUAUUUUUUCAUACUGUAUUGUAUUUUAUGCAUAUGGGCUACCUAAGUGCAGACUAAAGAUAAAUGUAUAACCUGAGACUAUUUUGCUAUCCCAUACCUAGCAGCUUAGUACUGAAUGAAUUUAGUGGACUUUGUAUAUUUCUCCAUAAAGCUUACAGACAGCUUAACCUUGAUAUGGAGCUUGUUAGAUUUCCUGUUUUUAUAUAAAGUAAAAAAUAAAAUAAAUAAAUAUAUUAGAGACAGUUACAAAAAA